CGCAGCCUCUCCACUCCUCCUCCCUGCAUAAAUAUAUACCCUCCAGAUGCCAUCUCUCUCUCUCUCUCUCCGACUCCAAAACGAAGACCGUAUAUCCAUCAGAGAGCGGCCACAGCCGGAGCAGCAAGUUCGAGUCGGUGGUCAUACCUGCGUUUUCAAGACUAAUAGGUAUAUAUACACAGCUGCUCCGGGGGGGGUGUAUGUGUGUGUGUCCGCGCGUGUACAGAUAGACAGCCGAGGGGGGUGGGGGUGGGGGACGUAGAGAGAAAAAAAGGUUCUUUUUUUUCCCCCCCGUAAAACCGGGGCCGAGAGGAGCAACAACAACAACAGUAACCACGAGGCGCAAGAGCUCGUUGCAGGAGCGUCGGGAGCAGCAGGAGGAGGACGAGCAGCCGCACGAGCUCAAGUGCUUCUCCUCGUCGUCGUCCUCCUGCUCGUUCGGCUCUUACACUACGGCCUUUGGCUCCUCGGAGCCGUUAUCCGGUCCCCGCGGCAGCCCCAACAGCGGCACCACCAUUGCAGAGAGCGAGAGAAGGCUGCUGCAGCAGCACCACCACCACCAGCAACGCAAGGCCAGCUGCGGCAGCAGCGGCAGGCGAUUGAGCAUCAGUAGGAGCGCCAUGGCCGACGCCACCACCUCCUCGGGCUAUGGUAACGACCAACAGGCCUCGACCUCGAAGCCAAGGGGCUCGAUCAGCGAUCCCACCGCCGUUGUGCCCGACCACGGGGGCAACUCCACCACUGGCACCAAGAGCCUGGAGGCAACAAAUAAUGCCUUUCACGGCGCGAGAAAAUUAGAGCCAAAGUCGAGCGCUUUGAAGAAGGCCGGGAGAUAUCGGAGCCGCUCGUUGUCCGCCAGCAGCACCGACAGCUACAGCUCGGCGUCUUACACAGGGAGCAGCAGCGAGGAGGACGACGUCUCGCCCCGCGAGAAGAUACAAAAGACCGACAAGGGCUUCACGGACUUUUGCGUUCGCAACAUCGAGCAGCACGCCUACGGUAGAAGGGAAAUCGAGAUAGCCGAGCAGGAGAUGCCCGGCAUCAUGGCCCUAAGAAAGCGCGCUCGCGAAGACAAGCCACUGAAGAACGCGAAAAUCGUCGGGUGCACGCACAUAAACGCCCAGACGGCGGUGCUGGUGGAGACGCUGGUUGAACUCGGGGCCCAGGUGCGAUGGGCCGCGUGCAACAUAUACUCGACGCAGAACGAGGUGGCCGCGGCUUUGGCCUACGCGGGCUACUCGGUGUACGCGUGGCGGGCCGAGACCGAGGAGGACUUUUGGUGGUGCAUCGACAAGUGCAUCGCCGCCGAGAAUUGGCAGCCCAACAUGAUACUCGACGACGGGGGCGACGCCACGCACCUCAUGCUCAAGAAGUACAACGCGAUGUUUAAGAUGAUCAAGGGUGAGGAGAGGGUGUAUGGCAUCGUCGAGGAAAGCGUGACGGGGGUUCAUCGGCUCUACCAGCUGUCCAAGGCGGGCAAGCUCUCCGUACCGGCGAUGAACGUCAACGACAGCGUCACCAAGACCAAGUUCGAUAAUCUUUACAGCUGUCGGGAGAGCAUCAUCGACAGCCUGAAGAGAUCGACCGACAUAAUGUUUGGCGGGAAACAGAUAGUCAUAUGCGGCUACGGCGAGGUGGGCAAGGGCUGCUGCCAGGCCCUCAAGGGCUUGGGUUGCUGCGUCUACAUCACCGAGAUCGAUCCCAUAUGUGCCCUGCAGGCUUGUAUGGACGGUUUCCGGGUGGUCAAGCUGAACGAGGUCAUCAGGUCCGUGGACGUAGUGAUCACAGCCACCGGCAACAAGAACGUGGUGACGCGCGAGCUGAUGGACAAAAUGAAGAACGGCUGCGUCGUGUGCAACAUGGGCCACAGCAACACGGAAAUCGAUGUCAAUAGCCUACGCACUUCGGACUUGACGUGGGAGAAGGUGCGCUCGCAGGUGGACCACGUCAUCUGGCCGGACGGCAAGCGCAUCGUGCUCCUGGCAGAGGGUCGGCUCGUCAACCUCUCGUGUUCCAGUAUUCCGUCCUUCGUAGUUUCCAUUACGGCCGCGACCCAGGCGCUCGCCCUCAUCGAGCUCUUCAACGCACCCCAGGGCCGCUACAAGAGCGACGUUUACCUACUGCCCAAGAAAAUGGACGAGUACGUCGCGUCCCUGCAUCUGCCUACGUUUGACGCUCAUUUGACCGAGUUGACGGACGAGCAGGCAAAGUACAUGGGUCUCAACAAAACGGGGCCCUUCAAACCUAAUUACUAUCGCUACUAAUUUGGAAAAUGGUCUGGAUAAGAGAGAGAAAGAAAAAUAUAGACAUGGAAAGAGAAAAACUUAGUUUAAAAAUUGUUGUCAAUCGGUUUGUCGUUCCGAUCCAUCCGACAAGUAGAAAAAAAGGGAUUAAUUGUUAAGAAAAGCAGUAUUUCCAAGGUGAAGUAGAGAAGUGAAAAAGAGAAAUUUUGCCCGUUUUCUUCCUCUGAAAUGUUGUAACGAAAAAUGUCAAGAAAAAAAAAAUACAUACACACGCAUACACACGUACGUACAUCAUUCCAAAUGAAUGAGUUCGAUUACUGUAUUUUGAAGAGAAAAACAAAAAAAAAGAAAAAAAAAAAAAAAAAAAAAAAGAAGAAUUUUGUUCGCUUGUACAUACCUCAUGUUAUGCUCGAUUAGUCGAGUACAGCGUUGUGUAACGACUAAUUAUAGGUAUAUCCUUAAAGGGAAGAAACGAAACGAUCGAAAUGUGCAGGAUAAAAAAAAAAAACAUGAAAUGUAGUUUAUAUUUUGUAAAUAUGUGUCGAGCAAGUGUAUCUUGUUAUUGGGCCAGGGGUAGCGUCAAACGUCAAUUGUAUGGACGGGUUCACGUACUCGAUGAAUGGUUUUAACAGGCGGUUUGAACAAAACAAAAAAAUCUAUUUCCCCGAUUGUGCGAGUCGAAUCCAUUUUUAUUAUUUGUUUCGUUCACCAGAAUUAUAUCUAUGUGUAUUAUGCUCAAUCCCGAGAAAUAAAUAUUUCUCCAUAAGCCUCGAAUCUAUUGUUUUUGUUUAUUUAUUAAUUUUUCUUUUUUUUAAUAAAAGUUUACGAAUGACCUACAACUGACUUGGUCGCUGUAUCAGUAUUUUUCUUAUAAUAUUUUAAACACGCAAAAAUACGUAAUACUUGUAUUACGUAGUUAUUCCAACUGGUCUCUUGAUUAAGUGCAGUAUUAAAUGACUUUAAUUCUGGUUCGAUGAUGGAAAAUUGAUUUUUUCAAACUCGUUAUAUACAUGUGACAGAUAAUUAAUAAAAACCCGAAUUGUGCAAGUUUGUUCACACGAUCGAUUGAUAAAAAUUGCAAAUCAAUAUCUGACUUGAACAUUAAAAAGGAUGUUUUUGGUUCAAAGAAAUUAAAGAACAACAAACUGCCAGACUUGGGCACUGAUAUUUUUGCUAGAAAUCUAAUAAAUAAUUUGAACUAAGAAAUAUUUUUUUGAUUCCUUACAAAAAUCGUUAUUAUAAAAAAAUUUCUUGUACUUAUCUGCCAGAAAAUACAUUUUUUCUGGCACUUUGAUGUGAUUUUUUACCUAAAAGAAUGCACUUUGUUAAAGGAAAGAAAAAAAUUUUUUGAAGCGUUUGAAAAUCCAUAAAACAGUUGUGCCCAAGUCUGUAAACUUCGAAUUAUCUAAACAAAUUGUCAACUGUUACAACACAGAGUCAAACAAAAUCAGUGAGCAAAGAGCGAACGAUUUAGUCUCGACAUAGUAGAGAGCUUAGACGUACCGAAGUAGAUAGUGUGUAAAAUUAGUACGAAAAAUGAGAGAAUAAAGAGAAAGAAAGUUUCAAUACCAAACACCGAGUGUUAGAUAAAAAGAACACGCGGAAAGAAAAAAAGUGGAAUCGGAAAAAAAUUUAUACGUAAUUAAGUACUCAGGAAUUGAUCCACGAGAAAUCGCGGGUCGUUAAAUUGAAAAAAAAAGGAGGAUGAUAAUAAACUGUACAGACAUAGAACGUCUUAUUUUUAACGACAAGAAUUCCCCGGACUUUAAGGAAGAUUUUUUAAACGGCUGCAGUAGUUUCGACUGUUUAGUAUAAUUUUUAUGUUUUAAGUUUAUUUCACUGUUAUUAAUGAUGUAGAUGCAAAAAAAAAUUGUUCCUACCGUUUUCAUACGUGACAUUUGAUCGAGAAAUGAAGUGUUAAGGAAAAAAAAAAAAAAAAAAAAAAAAAAAAAAAAAAAAA